CGAGAACUAAAACUUUCUAUGAAAACUGUCAGCCCUCCCAUACUCCUCUAACCUCGUUUCUCUUCAGUAAUGUGAUAGGGAGUCGUAUAAGUUCCAAUAUUUACCCGAGGGCUCGUUGAAUGCCCGGGUCUCGGAUGUGGAUCGCCCUCCCUGCGCCUCUGAAGAGCUCCUGCCCCCGCUCCCGUCCUGCUGUGUCCCGCUAUGGCGUACCGGGGCUCCCAUACCCUCAGCAAAGAUGAUGUGAAUUACAGAAUGCAUUUUCGCAUGAUCAACGAGCAGCAAGUGGAGGAUAUCACUAUAGACUUUUUCUACAAACCCCACACGAUAACACUGCUGACAUGUACCGUGCUCAGUUUGAUGUAUUUCGCCUUCACGAGAGAUGAUGGAAAUCCUGAUAAUAAUCUAUGGGUGGGGCUCAUCCUGGUCAUCUCAUUUUUUCUUGUCAUCAGUGUUUUGGCCUUUCCUAAUGGUCCAUUUACCAGACCACAUCCAGCAAUAUGGCGUAUAGUGUUUGGUCUAAGUGUACUCUACUUCCUGUUCCUGGUUUUUAUUAUAUUCCUCAACUGGCAGCAGGUUAAGCAGCUUAUGUACUGGCUGGAUCCAAACUUGCGCUAUGCAAAAAGAGAAGCAGAUAUAAUGGAAUACGCUGUGAAUUGCCAUGUUAUUACUUGGGAGAGGAUCCUAAGUCAUUUUGACAUCUUUGCAUUUAGCCAUUUUUGGGGUUGGGGAAUGAAGGCCCUCCUCAUUCGAAGCUAUGGCCUAUGUUGGACUAUUAGCAUCACCUGGGAACUCACAGAGCUUUUCUUCAUGCACCUUCUGCCUAAUUUUGCUGAGUGCUGGUGGGAUCAAGUCAUUCUGGACAUUCUGCUUUGUAAUGGUGGUGGCAUUUGGCUGGGAAUGACUGUGUGCCGCUUUUUGGAGAUGCGGACCUACCACUGGGCCAGUAUUAAGGACAUUCACACAACCACUGGAAAAAUCAAAAGAGCGGCGUUGCAGUUCACCCCUGCAAGCUGGACAUACGUGCGCUGGCUUGACCCCAAAUCUUCUGUCCAGCGUGUGAUGGGUGUCUAUCUCUUCAUGAUCAUCUGGCAGCUAACAGAGUUGAACACAUUCUUCUUGAAGCAUAUUUUUGUCUUUCCUGCCAGCCACGCUCUGAGCUGGUGCCGAAUUCUGUUUAUUGGCAUCAUCACAGCUCCAACAGUAAGGCAGUAUUACGCUUAUCUCACAGACACACAAUGCAAAAGAGUUGGGACUCAGUGCUGGGUGUUUGGGGCAAUAGCUUUUCUGGAGGCCCUGGCAUGUAUUAAAUUUGGACAGGACCUUUUCUCAAAGACACAAAUUCUCUACGUAGUCCUGUGGCUGCUGUGUUUGGCCUUCAUUACGUUUCUUUGUCUGUAUGGGAUGGUGUGGUGUGCUGAAAUAUAUGGCCCAAAAGAAAGGAAUAUGUCAGAUUGUGAUGACAGUAAUUUCCCUGAAUCUCCAGACUCAGAAUCAGUAGAGUUCAAAGGCGAAGCAGGGGAGCCAGAGGAGAACACUGAUAGCACAACCAGGCAGAGAAAUAGUGGAAGGACAAAAUCUAAUGGUCUGGACAGCCCAUAGUGGAAGCUGAGAUGCUGAGGGCAGCUUAAACUCACCCUGUGGAGGGCACUCUGAAGACCUGAUGAAGAAUAAUGUUGAUGCUAUCCACUAAUCCAGGUGUACAUGAAGUCCACUUAUUCAUAUUAAUGACGGUGGAGACAAAUUAGUGGUCAAAAAGGUGCCAUUGGCAAAGCUCAUGCGUGGACUAAAGGAAGAAAGAGCCCUCCUAAAACCUUCUAUACCACUAAAUCACAUUCACUUUGUGUGUAUGCAAGAAAGAGUAAUUGCAUUUUUGUACCUGCACAUUUUAUUUUUAUUUGAUGGACUUAAACUGCACGCUAAUCAGAUUGAACUUCCUAUUAUUGAACAGGUUUGAGUGGAGACUAAAGGGUGGGCAAAGAUUUUACAUUAUGUGCAUGAACAGGAUAUGAAUUGCAGCUUAUUUAGACUUCCAUUGCAAUAUACAGUACAUCGUAUUACAGUGUAUGGUCAUGUAAUUGUUUAUCAGGCUAGAUUAUGUGUUGUCAAGCACAGAAAGUUGCUUCAGUUUUCUUUAGUGAACAUUCUUAAGAUACAUGUAAGAUAUUUAAAUGUGUUUGACGUUUAUAACUUGAGUUGUGUACAGAGUUUUGACUAAACUAAGGAUGACUAAAUCUUUUUUUUUACAGAAGCGAAACACAAACACACAGCUGAAGCACUUUUAACAUGUUUGUGUGAAAAUACUGUGCAUUUUAAGUAUUUUCUACUCCAUUGUAACCUGAGUGAUUUUACCUGCCUUGUCCCAACUGUUGCUGCUAUAAUUUCAGAGAAGACAGAGAUUCCUUUUGUGUUAAGACAUUGUUUUGUAUAUUCAAGUUGUUGAAUAUAUAUUCCAUUAGCAUGACUGUGACAAAGUAUUUUAGUAGAUGUUACUGAAGGGUCCGUUAUUACAUUCACUCAAUCACAGUAUUGUUCACUGUCUUGUCAUUUCACACUUGCCUUACCUGUGUAUUUUUGUACUCCCAACUGCAUUCUUUAUAAUGCUUCAUUACUAAAGAGUUUUCAUCAAA